GCCGGGGCGGUCGCGCGGCGCAGAGGGAGCGGGCGGUGAAUUGCCCCCUUCCCUCCGUCGGCGCGCACACACACAGGCGCAGGGCCGGCCCUCCUCCCCCGCCCCGCGGAUUUCAUGCUCGCCUGGCUCUGCGGAGGGACGGCGCGCCGCUGAACAGCCCCGCCGGGCAGCGCCUCCAGCAUGGCCGAGGAGAGCGCCGAGCUCCCCCGCGAGCUCAUCGAAAGCAUCAGGGAUGUUAUUGGGAGGAAGAUCAAAAUUUCAGUCAAGAAGAAAGUAAAGCUGGAAACCAAGGGAGACAAAGUAGAUAACAAAAUAUUGGUGCUGGCAUCAUGUCGGGCAUUUCUUUUAACAUCUCGCAUUCCCACCAAGUUAGAACUAACUUUCAGCUACUUGGAGAUCCAAGGAGUAACUUCCUGUAAGCCAGGUCAGCUGGUUAUGGAAACUGAGAAAUGCAGCAUCUCCAUGAAGAUGGCGUCCUCGGAGGAUGUGAAUGAGGUGCUGGCACACAUUGGAACCUGCCUCAGGAAGAUAUUCCCUGGACUCUCUCCAGUGAGGAUUCUGAAAAAAGUAACAAUGGACCCUUCAGAAAGACUGGCUAAUCUCCAGGCCCUGUGGGACAGUCAGACAGUGGCAGAACUUGGACCUUGUGGAGGCUUUUCACAGAUGUAUGCCUGUGUGUGUGAUUGGCUUGGAUUUCCAUAUAGAGAAGAAGUACAGUGGGAUGUUGAUACAAUUUAUCUGACACAAGAUACCAGAGAGUUGAAUUUGCAAGACUUCAGCCAUCUUGACCACAGAGACUUAAUACCAAUAGUUGCUGCUCUGGAGUAUAAUCAGUGGUUUACAAAGCUGUCCUCCAAGGAUCUGAAAUUAUCCACUGAUGUCUGUGAGCAGAUUCUGCGAGUAGUGAGUAGGUCCAAUCGAUUGGAAGAACUGGUAUUAGAGAAUGCUGGGCUUAGAACAGAUUUUGCACAGAAACUAGCCAGUGCGCUAUCCCAUAAUCCCAACUCAGGACUCCAUACAAUCAACCUUGCUAGCAAUCCACUUGAAGACCGAGGUGUAUCAUCUCUAAGCAUCCAGUUCGCCAAACUUCCAAAGGGACUGAAACAUUUAAAUUUAUCUAAAACCUCCUUGUCACCUAAAGGGGUGAACAGCCUUUCCCAGUCACUGAGUGCCAACUCGCUGAUAGCGAACACGCUCGUCUAUCUUGACCUCUCAGGGAAUGCUCUCCGUGGAGAUGAUCUCUCAAGCCUCUACAAUUUUUUGGCCCAGCCAAAUGCCCUUGUUCAUCUGGAUUUAUCCAACACAGAGUGUGCUCUAGAUAUGGUGUGUGGAGCCCUCCUUCGUGGAUGCCUUCAGCAUCUAGCUGUCCUUAGUCUUUCCAGGACACUUUUUUCUCACAGAAAAGGAAAAGAAGUCCCUCCCUCCUUCAAACAGUUUUUCAGCAGCUCACUUGCUUUGAUGCAGAUUAAUCUCUCGGGAACUAAACUUCCUCCUGAGCCUCUGAAAGCGCUUUUAUUAGGCCUGGCUUGCAAUCACAAUCUGAAGGAGGUGUCUUUAGAUCUCAGUAGCUGUGAGUUAAGAUCGGGAGGUGCCCAAGUCUUGGAAGGAUGCAUAGCAGAAAUACGCAAUAUCACCAGCCUAGAUAUUUCAGAUAAUGGCCUAGAAUCUGACCUCUCAACCCUUGUAGUCUGGCUUAGUAAAAACCGAUCAAUAAGGCACUUGGCAUUAGGCAAAAACUUUAACAACAUGAAAUCCAAAAAUCUCACUCCAGUACUUGAUAAUUUAGUUCAGAUGAUUCAAGACGAGGAUUCACCCCUGCAGUCAUUGUCCCUCGCAGAUUCCAAGCUGAAGACUGAGGUCACCAUCAUUAUUAAUGCUUUGGGCAGCAAUACUUCUCUUACAAAAGUGGAUAUUAGUGGAAAUGCCAUGGGUGAUAUGGGAGCAAAGAUGCUGGCAAAAGCUCUACAGAUAAACACAAAGCUCAGAACUGUAAUUUGGGACAAGAAUAACAUCACUGCUCAGGGAUUCCAGGACAUAGCUGUGGCACUGGAAAAAAAUUAUACUUUGAGAUUUAUGCCUAUACCUAUGAAUGAUGCUUCCCAAGCACUCAAAACAAACCCUGAGAAAACAGAAGAGGCACUGCAAAAGAUAGAAAACUACUUGCUUCGUAAUCAUGAGACCAGAAAGUACCUACAGGAGCAAGCAUACCGGUUGCAGCAAGGCAUUGUUACUAGCACUACUCAGCAGAUGAUUGACAGAAUAUGUGUUAAAGUGCAAGAUCAUCUCAACUCUUUAAGAAACUGUGGUGUGGAUGCUGUACAGGAAGAUGUCAAAUGUGCAGAGAGGCUUAUGCGAGACGCCAAGAACUCCAAAACGCUCUUGCCAAACCUGUACCACCUUGGCGGAGCUGCUUGGGCAGGAGCAAACGGUUCACUCUCCAAUCCAAUCCAAGAGACACUGGAAUCCAUGGCUGGAGAAGUCACAAGGGUUGUGGAUGAGCAGCUUAAGACUCUCCUUGAAUCCAUGGUGGAUGCAGCAGAAAAUCUUUGCCCAAAUGUAAUGAAGAAAGCUCAUAUCCGUGAAGACCUGAUUGAAGCUAGCACUGAGAAGAUUUCCAUCCCACGCACUUUUGUGAAAAAUGUCCUUUUGGAGCAAUCUGGAAUUGAUAUCCUCAAUAAAAUCAGCGAAGUAAAGCUGACAGUGGCUUCUUUCCUGUCUGACCGAGUUGUAGAUGAAAUUCUGGAUGCACUUUCCCACUGCCAUCACAAACUGGCUGACCAUUUGACCAGACGUGGCAAACCACUUCCACAGCAGGAAUCACUGGAAAUUGAGUUAGCUGAAGAAAAACCAACUAAACGCUCUAUCAUCACGGUUGACGAGUUAACAGAGAUAGAACGUUUGGAGGACCUGGACACCUGUAUGAUGACACCUAAAUCAAAAAGGAAAAGUAUUCACAGUAGAAUGCUCCGGCCGGUGUCCAGAGCUUUCGAGAUGGAAUUUGAUCUAGAUAAAGCACUGGAAGAAGUACCUAUCCAUAUAGAAGACCCACCAUUUCCUUCCAGCAGGCCAGACAAGCGAACUUCUGGAUUCAUUUCAGAGUUGCCAUCAGAAGAAGGGAGAAAACUCGAACACUUUACAAAGUUAAGGCCCAAAAGGAAUAAAAAACAGCAGCCCAGCCAAGCAGCAGUAUCUGCUGGAGUCCCUCCAGAUGGCGAACAGAAUGGCCUCAUGGGAAGAGUAGAUGAAGGUGUGGAUGAAUUUUUCACAAAGAAAGUCACAAAAAUGGAUUCAAAGAGACCAUCGACUAAAAGUUCGGAGAGCAGUGAGCCCAGUGAAGCAGGUGAUGAGAAGAAGAAAAGGGACUCAAGGAAGAGUGGCUUCCUUAACUUAAUCAAAUCAAGAGGUUCCAAAUCUGAACGUCCUCAGACUGUGGUGGUGGCUGAGGAGCCCUCCUCACCCAAGGUGGCUUCGAAAAGUCAAGCGGUGGACUCAAGUAAGAAGGAGCUAAAAUCUGCAGAGCAGAAUGGUGGUACAGAGCGAUCUGAGGAGUUAAAGACGCCGGACUCAGUGGAGGAGAUGCAGCCAGAUGAUGCUGCAAAGGCUGAAAGAGGUGACAGCAAAGGAAGCCCACAAGGAGGCCGGAGAUACGGUGUGCAGGUGAUGGGCAGCGGUCUUCUUGCAGAAAUGAAAGCCAAGCAGGAGAAGAGAGCAGCCUCUGCUCAGAAGAAACUUGGGAAUGACACACCUUCCAAGGAGCCUUCUGAUGCAGCAGUGAGCUCAGAACGACUGGAUGGAGGUGGUACAGUGCCUAAACUCCCGCAGACCCUUCCAGAGAGUCGGUUUGCCUCCAAUAAGGGUGACUCUAUCUCAGCAUCCUCUGAAAAAAAUGCGAAAGCUGAACCAAAGGCAGAAGCAGCAGCAAAGGCAAGAAGCUCUUCCAAUACACCAACCAGCCCCAAACCCCCGCUGCAGUCAGCGAAGCCCAGCCUGGCAGGACGGCCCACGGUGCCACAGAAACCACGCUCUGCCUCUCGCACCGAGGAUGCCCCAGAGUCUCCCUCUGGUCCCAGCUCCCCAAAAGUUGCCCUGCUUCCACCUGUGCUGAAGAAAGUUCCAUCUGAUAAAGAAAAGGAUGGUCAGAGCAGCCCCACAGUCAGAUCAUUUUCUCAAGAAGCCGCCAAAAGAAGCCCUGGGCACCAGCCCCACGAGUUCCAGGAGCUGAAGCAGAGGUCCUUAAGUAAAGACGGCCAUCAGGGAAGCAAGUCCAGUGACUCUGGCGAAGAGGCAGAUAAAGAUUUUAUUUUUGUUUAACCAUCAGUCCAAGUGCUUUGUAGUGCGAGAGCUUUUAUAACAGCCAGGGUACAGCAAUCAACAGCCCUUCCAGCCGGCUGCUCUAUCACCACAGGUACAUCCCCACGCAGAGAAGCUGAUCUUCCAAACGCGAUUUCCACUACAAUCGGUUGGUGUUGAUUUGGUCCUUAAUUUCCGUUCUGUCCCGUUCAGACCUUCCUUCCCAUGCCUUUGCUAAAGCCAGCAAUCCUUUCAUGUAUUCUACUUGAAUUGCUCUGAAGCAGCUACAAGGAAUGCCCUGCAUUAGGGCGUUGGGAAAGCAAAGCAAAUUAACUGGACACUGUCUUACGCUCGUACACUGUACAGCAGGUAAUGUGUUGUACUGCUGAAUGUAAAUGUGUCAAAUCUGCACGUGACUGACCUAUAAAUAUAUUCUUGCGGUAUGCAAUUGCACAUUGUAAUUAUAUUAAGAGCACACUAAUAAAAUAAUUUGUAUAGAUUAUAUAUAUUAAAUGCUUGGGUAUGGUUUUUACAUUCUCUCAUAGGGAGCUUCUUUCUUCCUGUUCUUGUACUGUACAUAAAGCUCCAGCGCUUACAUUUGUGUACCGUCAAAAAGCACAACGGAGAAGGAUCUGAAUGACAUAUAAUCUUGUUAUGCUUCCACAUUCAUGUAUUAAUGUAUAUAGUUGGUUGGAAUGAGGGCAAUGGAAAUUUUAUUAAUAUUGGUGUUUUCUAGAGACCUUCUUCGGUUCUGUCUGCAUAUUAGCUUCCUUUCAGUGUGUAAUCCUACGAGAACAAUGGUUGGACAUCUGUAAAAACAUUUCUGCUUUUGGGGGAGGGGUGCAGGUUUCACAGGUAUCCACUUACGUUACAGGUUGAAGGGAUUUUAUUCAUAUGUAUAUUUGUAACAAUAAAAAUGAUUUUACAGCUGAAA